AUGAAUGGCCUAAACCAUAUCAUAGCAUUAAAUAUUGUGAAGAAUGAUUGGGAAAAUGAAAACUCAACGAGGAACUACGAUAUUGCAGACGAUCUGUUAAACUCGACGCUAAAUGAAGACGAAAAUCUUUUGAACAAUGACGAGUACAUUUUUGAUAGAACUGAUGUUAGAGCUAUAUUCAUCACAUUGUACACCAUUGUUUUUUGCUGCUGUUUUUUCGGAAACCUACUUGUUAUUCUUGUUGUGAUUUUGUCGAGACGGUUACGAUCAAUAACAAAUUUUUUCUUGGCAAAUCUGGCUGUAGCUGAUUUAUGUGUUGGUGUUUUUUGUGUGUUCCAAAAUUUGACAAUAUAUCUUAUACCGAGUUGGGUAUUUGGAGAUUUUUUAUGCAAGAUGUACCAGUUUGUUCACUCGUUGAGUUACACUGCAUCAAUAUUCAUUUUAGUCGUCAUUUGCACUGAGAGAUAUUUUGCUAUAAUUCAUCCAAUUACUUGCAAGCAAAUUUUAACUUCUACUAGAUUAAGGAUGGUAAUUAUAGGAGUGUGGAUUACCAGUGCGGCGUAUAGUGCUCCCAAAUUCAUUUGGGUAGAGACUAUCACGAACAAUCUUGGUGAUGGUCAGAUGGAGACAAUUUGUAUUCAACAUCGUAUGAAAUAUAACUCGGAGAUAUUUGACAUGGUUAACUUUGGAUUGCUGUACGUGAUACCACUUUGCGUAAUGACAGUUUUAUACACAAGAAUAGCCGUGGGCCUGUGGCAGAGUUCGCAUGGAUUGCAGCAGAUGGGCCAAAUGCAGUGUUGCGGCGCUCAGAGGAAUAUAACAGCGGGUUCAAGCAAAAACGAUAGCACGAAAAAAUCAGCUCCAAAUCAAGAGACGCGUAAUUGUUAUCACCUUAGCCACCUGUCGCAGAAUGUGUUACGGGCGCGCCGUGGUGUCGUCCGUAUGCUCAUAGUCGUCGUGCUAGCAUUCGCUGUCUGCAAUCUACCAUUCCAUGCGCGUAAAAUGUGGCAGUAUUGGUCCAGCGGUUACGAAGGAACCAGUGAUUUCAGUGCAUUAUUUACGCCUCUUACAUUUCUCAUUACCUACUUCAACUCUGGAAUUAAUCCCCUGUUGUAUGCCUUCUUAUCGAAGAACUUCAGAAAAGGAAUGAGGGAGCUGUUAUUCUGCAACUUUCAUGGGAAAAGAAAAAGCGGAAAUUUGAUAUUGCUGAAUCGAGUCGGUAUGGGGCUACGGCGUAGCUCUACGCGUUCCACCCGUGCCAAUUGUAGCACUGUCACUAUGACUCCGAAUGCGGAAUCAUGA